AUGGCCAAAAACAGCAUCGUCCCCGUCAUUAUUCUCUUGCUAGUCGUCUUCCUCUUCGCUGUCAUCGGCUUCGUCGUCUACACCAUCGUCCAGGACAUCAGCGACAAGACAAAGGCGAAGAUGGAGAAGAAGAAUAUCAAGUUCUCAAAGGAUGGAUUGAAGGUGUCCAUGAAGGAGGUGCGCGAUGAGGAUUAUAAGGAUCAGACGCAGAGUGUGCUGGUCAAGGUGUGGAAUAAUACUUCGUUCCCGGCAUACAAGUCUCGCCUGUGGGAUAAUGGUGUUGCAAAGGAUAAGGAGAAUGCUAAACGACGAUAA